AUUUCAUCAAACACAACUGGUGAUGUGUUUGCCAUAACUUCUUGCCAGGUGAUAUCCAGUUGUAGACAUUCCUAUGAAAGUGAUUAUUAAAGCGUGGCACGGCGUCGCCACGUGGAAGUGGAUCGCGAACGACGACAGCUGUGGCAUCUGCCGCAUGCCCUUCGACGCCACGUGCUCCAACUGCAAGAUCCCCGGCGACGACUGUCCUCUGGUUUGGGGCCAGUGCUCGCACUGCUUCCACAUGCACUGCAUCAUCAAGUGGCUCGAGUCGCAGCAGGUUCACCAGCACUGCCCCAUGUGUAGACAGGACUGGAAGUUCAAGGAGUAAUCACCAAUACAGCUGCAGCCGGCCAUGUCGUCGCUGCAGGGCCUGCCGCCGCUGCCGCCCUCUCUGAGCAGCGUGCUGAGCGCAGGCCGGGACCAGUGGCGUCACCUGCUGGUGGCCGCGGCCGAUGACGAGCCGACCUACAGUAACGUGCCGGCGGCGCGCAGCCCGC